AUGGCUCUUCAGCAGACAGCACACAGCGCGUGCUCACGUAAGGUUCAUUGUGUUACCAAGCAUUACCUAGAUGACCCAUUCGCUACCUUUUUUGCCAAGGACACUACAAUCGUCAACAGCCCCUUGAUGAAUCGCGGAACAUGGCUUCGAACCGUGGCUAUAGAACGUAGUCUACUCUCUUUUGCGAAGAGUCAAUGCGGUGGGGGCCCUCUCCAAGUGAUCAGCUUCGGUGCUGGCGUUGACACGUUAUACUUCCGUUUGAAAAAAGAGCAUGAAGAUGUCAACAUUGGAAAAUUCAUCGAACUAGAUUUCCCAGACUUGGUAGCAGAGAAGCAAGGCAUUAUACAACGUACGGAAAUGCUGAGGCAAUACGUCGGCCCCGAGUACGCGUUGUUGCCGUGCGAUCUCCGAAAGACGGAUGAUCUCCGUGACAUAUUGAAAAAAAAUGCCGUUAGUAACAUUCCUACAGUGCUUAUAGCAGAAAUGGUCUUCGUUUACUUGGACGCGCCGACGUCGACAAAAAUACUUGAGCUUACACUUAACGAUGUGCUAGAGAAGGACACAAGUGUGCUUCUGAUCGCGUACGACGCCAUACGCCCUACUGAUCGUUUUGGUGAAGUGAUGGUGAGCAACCUUGCGUCCGUGGGCGUGCACCUCCGCGGUAUCCGCGACAUACCCACACCUGAAGCCCAUGCGGAGCGUUGCAGGAAAGUCGGCUUCACAAGUGUUGCCGCGACAUCAAUGCGUCAGCUCUACCUCGGCGUCCCACAGGAGACACAAAGGUGGCUGUCAAAGCUAGAGAUGGUCGACGAUUGGGAUGAAUGGUGCAUUAUGCACGAUCACUACUGCUUUGUGUUGGCUACCAAUAAGGUGGAGUCCAUGCCGACUGUCUUUUGA